CUUGUUCUAAUUAUAAAAGUUAAACCAAUAUGGCCAUAUGGACAGAGAUUUAAAAUAAAAACUAUUUAGCCCAUUGAUAUUCUAAUUAGGCCCAUAAACAACAAAAUGGGCCAAAUUUUAGCCCUAAUCGGAGGUGAAACGAAACCUGUUCAUGUUGCCAGGAUUAAGGUUGAAUAGUUGAGAGAAAAAAAAAAAAAAAAGUUAAACGACAACAAUGGGGAAAGAUCUUAGCGACGAUCAAGUUUCUUCUAUGAAAGAAGCGUUCACGCUUUUUGACACCGACGGCGACGGAAAGAUUGCCCCAUCGGAGCUCGGAAUCCUUAUGCGUUCUCUCGGCGGAAACCCUACCCAAGCUCAACUAAAGAGUAUAAUCGCUGAAGAAAAACUCACUUCUCCCUUCGAUUUCAAACGUUUCCUUGAGUUAAUGUCAAAGCAUCUCAAGCCUGAACCCUUCGAUCGGCAGCUCCGUGAUGCGUUCAAGGUCAUCGACAAGGACGGGACUGGAUAUGUUGUUGUUGCCGAUCUCAAGCACAUAUUAACGAGCAUUGGGGAAAAGCUUGAACCUGCGGAGUUUGAUGAGUGGAUCCGAGAGGUUGAUGUCGGAUCUGACGGGAAGAUCAAGUAUGAGGACUUCAUUGCGAGGAUGGUUGCUAAAUGAGUUGUUGUGGUGUGAGUGGAGGUGGACUGAUUGAUGAUUCUUGUGAUAUUAAGAAGCAGUGUUUUUGGGGUGUGGUAAUUUUCUAUCUUUUUUUUUUCUUCUUCUUCUUUAUGAAUUUGGUGUUUGCUAGUUUUCAUAAACAGUUUGUUACUGUUUGGACAACUAAUCACGAAAAGAGGGUAUUUUUGCCAAUGCCACUUGAAUGCUUGUGAAUAGGUUCUAAUACUUCUAUUUGUUCUUCAUUGCUUAAAUGAUUUAAUGUAAAAAUACAUCUCCACCCGAAUUGAGCUUUGAUUGCAAAUAGAAUUGAGCUCCAUAGAUUCAUAUACUUCCAUCAAUAUCAAAGCUUCCAUCCAAUGUUUUUAUACCAAUUGUUAUGAAUCAAAUGGUUGAAUUGAAUCUAUAUAAUCAUUAUUUCGUCCAAGAGGAUGACCAUUGUUUCGUAUCAUGUGUAUUAUUAGUGUAAUUAGUUGUCUUAUUUUAUUUCUCAGAAAAAAAAUUUAGUUAUUGAAAGAGGUCUUUAAUUCACCUAUAAAAUAAAACUCUAACUAUUUGUAGGGUUAUCUACAGAAAAGUUUCAAAUUUUUUUCAAAAGUUUCAAUA